AUAUAGAUAUUUGACCUCUAAUAAUCUCUCUAUCAGAAACCCAUAAUUUUUAGCCCUAUAUAAUGCCUGCUUAGGUAAAUUGUUAGACGCCGCAAAAAAAACAAGAAAAAACCAUGAAAUACAGUGAGAUAGUUCACUAUAGCCACCCUCAACACAAGCUGAGAUUUGAGUACUCAGAAUUUCCAUUCAAGUGUGAUGGCUGCAAGGAAGUUGGGAUUGGAUCGCGUUACAAAUGCACCGUGUGUGAUUUUGAUCUCCAUAUGCAAUGUGCCAUCCCCUCUCCCGCAUUCUCCCACUCUUUCUACACCAAAUGUUCCUUCCAAUUCUUCUCGAGACCUCCUGGUGACAAGCCUCGCAAUUGUAACGCGUGCGAAAGGGAGGUCACGGGCUUCCUUUACCAUUGCAAAGACUGUGGAUUUGAUCUUCAUCCUUGUUGUGCGAAGUUGCCUAUGGUUCUUGACGAUGGAGAAAUUAAGCUAUAUCUGUACAGGAAGGUGAGUGCAUCAUGUCAAAAAUGUGGACGUAAAGGCAGGAGUUGGAGUUACAGAUCUUCAUGCAAGAAGUACAAUUUGCAUGUGGCCUGUGUUAAGGACAUGCUCGUGGAGAAUUGGCAAGGGUACUUGGGUGAAAAGAGUGUUAGGAAAUUUGAUACGAGGAUUCCUAGCUUGAAAAAUACACUCCUUACUCAUAACAAGAGCAACAGUAAGGCCAAGAAAGGUUUGGAGAUGGCUGGAUUGGCCCUUCAGUUUGUUAUAUCGGCGGUGCUAGGCGACCCAACAAGUCUUAUAGCAGGGGUGAUUGGUACUAUGAUUUCAAAAGCUUGAUUCCACUACAGGCCCAGAACAAGACCAAGCUAGGCUUAAAAAAGGGAUGCUUCCAUAUGGGUUGUGAUUCCAACUUGCGAUGUAAAGACAGGGUGGCUCGGUGUAAAAGAGUCAAGACUGAAGUCCAUUAUCGUGAAUUGCAACGCGAUUGAAGAGUGAACCCAACUUUUUUUAAUUUAAUUAAUUAAUCCAUCCUAAAUAUUAUUAUCAUCUAUGAUUUUUCACUAUUCAGUGAACUUAAAUUUCAUUUUAGUUCCUUAAUUUUUCA